AUGCCAGUAUCGCGGGCAACAUCGAUUGAGUGGGAUCGCUGUUUGGAGUUGAGUCGUCCAAGCGAAAGGGCAUUUGUGUCUCUCGAUGGAUCCGAUUUCCGCAUCCAAGAACAGAUACCAUUUGAUCGCAAAUGGUACUCCCACAAGUUCCAUGGUCCAGGCCUCCGUUACGAAGUCGGCAUCUGCAUUCGGACGGGCAACAUUGUUUGGGUAAACGGAGGGCUCCCAUGUGGGGAGUGGCCAGACUUGCGGUUUGCACGCGAUUCCUACAUCAACAUGGUCCGCCGUGGUGAAUUGACGCUUGCAGACAAAGGGUACAAUGACCCCAACUACUUUAUCUACCCAUGCCCCCAACUUCAAAACCCGAGGCGCCACAAAGAUAUCAUGGCUCGCCACGAGACCGUCAAUAAACGCAUGAAGCAGUUCGGCGUCUUGUCAGGCGUAUUUCGGCACAUCCGCGAGACCAUCGAGGGCAUCAGCUCGAGCUUCCACAAUUGA